AUGAAUCGCGCAUUUCUUCUCUCCUCUGCAUGGCUGGCCGGCCUGGGCGCCGCGGCCAGGUCGCCAAAUCUAAUCUUCAAUCUCUACACGAUUCCGAGCUGCUCCUAUUGGUACGACAACGAGGACGGGCACCGCAGCUGCGAAUUCGAGCGCAACGUCUGGAGUGUCUCCCCGGAGGCCAUGGCGCGCUGGAACCCAGACCUCACCGUCGACUGCGAGGGGUGGACCAAGGGGCACUCGUACUGCGUGGCCGUCCAGGCAGAGCGCCUCGCCUCGAGCAGGACCACGGCCGCGAGCACCACCGUUCCUGCUCCGUCGCCGCUCUGGACAGACCUGGAUUGCUACAACGACGAGCUUUGGCCUCCGCUGGAAACCCAACUGCCCUCGCCAAAGGGCAAGGACCUGACCCGCGCCAAGUGCGAAACUUCUUGCUGGGACGCUGGGUACCCGUAUGCCGGCUUCAAAGCAGGCACGGAAUGCUGGUGCGGAUAUCUCGUCCGCGGAGCCGAAAUCGCACCGCGCGCAGAAUGCAACGCCCCCUGCGCGGGCAACUCCUCCGAGCUUUGCGGCGGCCGUGGCGUCUUUAACAUGGUCGAGGGGAGAGUGCCAUAUGCGUCUACCACGACGACGGCCCCAACACCGACUUUGAGCUACUCGUCUGAAACGGCGCCUCCGCUGUGGACGGAUCAUCAAUGCUACAAGGACGCGUCGAGACAUCCUUUUCAGACCAAGCUGGCGUCUCCGACCGGCGACGAGUUGACACGGAGUAAUUGUGAAGAUGCUUGCUGGAGGGCUGGGCAUCGAUUCGUCGGGUUCAAAGCAGGUGUCGAGUGUUGGUGCGGGGACUAUGUCGCCGGGGACAGAAGCCCGUCCCCCGCAGACUGCAAUGUGCCCUGCGCAGGCAACUCGUCCGAGAUGUGCGGUGGAGAUGGCGUGUUUAAUGUGGUCGAGGGCAAUGAUCCUCCCUGGACUCCCACUCCAACUUUGGGUUCCUCUUCCACAUCGGCGUCGACGUCUUCAAGGGUAGGUUCACCUGCACGCACAACGAGCGCAGCAGCCACAGCAACAUCGCCGUCUUCAUCUGCACCUACUACCAAGCCUCCUUUCUGGAUAUCGCUCGCCCUGGCGGCUGUCCAGAUGGCGAGGCGCAGAUAA